CCAAAUACCUAGGUAGUUCCAUAAGCUAUUCAACUAAGUCAUAGAAGGAGUAGUGACGCAUGGAAUCUGGGCAACGGCUAAUGACUUAAUCAUGACGUCGUUCAGUUUCCCACUUGUGCUUCUGCUAGAGUUUGCCCCCCCUAAAUCCGGCCCUAAUACCAACCCUGAUGUAUAUAUGCAUAGCUGGUUGACAUGCGUGGUGAGUAUCAUUGUUGAAAUUAUUCUCAUGUAAGAAAUCUAGACGAAGCACUCUAUAACCAGCCAGCUACACCUCUUCUUUCAACUGCAACAAUCAUGCCCAGAGUCUUUUUCAUCACUGGUACUUCUACCGGGUUCGGAAACCAUCUCGUCCAAGAGGUUCUCGAUAAAGGGGAUAUCGCCGUCGCAACUGCUCGUAAGCCCGAGACUUUAAAGUUCGAGGGGACAAGUGAAAAGAACUUUCUAGCCCUCAAACUUGAUGUAACUAGUCAAUCUGACAUUGAGAACUCUUUCAAAUCCGCAACCGAUAAAUUUGGCCGCGUCGAUGUAGUCGUCAACAAUGCAGGAUACGGCCUUGCCGGUGUCUUUGAAGAAGUCAGUGAGCAACAAGCUCGCACUCAGAUGGAGGUAAACUUCUUCGGCCUUCUUGCCGUGACCAAAAAGGCAAUGGAGGUAAUGCGAAACCAAAAGCCAUGUGGCGGCCUCAUUCAACAAGUCACUAGUAUUGGAGGUCAAAGAGGCGUGCCUUUUUUCAGCAUUUACUGUGCAAGUAAAUGGGCAGUCGAGGGCUUCACUGAAAGUAUUAGUCAAGAAGUGAAGCCGGAAUGGAACAUCAAGUUCACUUGUGUUGAGCCAGGUGGAUUCCGAACUGAUUGGGCUGGAAGAUCUAUGCAAUUUCCCGAGAAACGAAACCCUGCGUAUGAUCAUCUGAAUGCCAAGGAAGCAAUGGAAAAGAGGAACGGCACUCAAGCUGGAGAUCCAGAGAAAGGUGCGAAGGCAAUGUACAAACUUGCUACACUAUCGGAUCCACCUUUGCGAGUAGUGAUUGGCAGCGAUGCUUAUAAGGCGAUCAUGGCGAAGAUCGAGGCUUACGGGGAGAAUUAUAAGAAGUAUGAGGAGAUCUCUAAUAGUUGCGACGUUGGCGAAUGAGUGAUGACAUAGUCGAAUUGCCUGAUAUACUAUUAAUUUGUAAAGAUAAUAUGUAUUA